ACUAGGCCGCUAGGAUCUCUGUAGUCGGGUGUCACCAGCGUUCGUCUUAUUAAUAUGCCCGAGUUUCUUAUAUUGUCCUACUACAAUAUUUGAUGUUGGUAUCUAAAAGUGCCAUCGUAAAGUUUUCUGAUACUGGUUGAAUUGAUUUGUGUUGGGAAAAUUACGAAGUGGAUAAACAUAAAAAUUUGUCAUUAAAAAUGUUUUGUGUUUGCUAGUGACAUGUUUUUUAUUUUGGAUAAUGACAACUGUAUGUUGUAACCGUGAUCGUCGAUUCUUAAGCUCUACAUUUGCCUUUUGCUUGACGUAAAAUUAUGUGGACCUGCAGUACGUGCGUGGCAGGAGCCACACGGUAGCGACCAGACACAUGUCCGUGCUGGGACUGUGAUGGGCCAGAAGUUGGGCAAUCUAAAAGGUUAUUUUGCAGCAAUGGAGAGGCAAGAGAGUGCUUCAAGUGGGAGUGGAGAGGGCACGCAGGAGUAUGAGGCAGGGAGCGUGUCACGUGUGAGCCCGGGUGGCCCAGCCAACGCUAACAGACUGGAUGGCAUGAACGAACUGUUCGAGAGCAUCUACAGCAGUUGCAUGGAGAAUGCACGACGGGAAGGUAAUGGGAACGUCGUGCCAGAAGCCGGGUUGAAUAUACCUUCGUGCGAAUGUUCCGGAAAGCAUGUCGACUUUCAAGGCCCGGGAUCUUUGCGGCACGGACCGGCACGGAGCCUCUCGCUGGUCAGCGGAAAAAGGUCGCGAGCCAAGUCUGCCAUCGUGGGCGGGGGCAAGAAGAAACGCAACAACUGGGUGCUCAAGUUCAACUGCGCGCGACUGAAAGGCAGUGGCAGGGGUGGGGGAGCGACGACGGACCCCGACACGGGCUGUGGCUCGUGCGUGUGCACCAGCUACCAGCGCACCGAGGAGUGUUCUCCCCGAGCAGCAUCCCCUCCGAGCAGCAGCUCCAGCAGCGCAGGGGAGGAGGGGGUGGGUGCCGACAACCUCAUAGACAUGUCCAAGUUCAACGCCGACGACUACCCCAUCGAGGACUGCGACGAGAGGGCGCGACUGGAGCGUGCCAGGGAGAUAGCGGAAGGAGUGGACCCUCCCCCGGGGUUCCGCCCCGGCCAGGAGAUCACCAUCGACAGUUUGACGGCCUUGUUCCAGACACACCUGGGCAUGGGCAUUCAUCCGGCGGCACUGACUGCGUUUUCGCGACUGGAUGUUCCACGAGUGGUGCACACUCAGGUGGACUACGUGCACUGUCUGGUACCGGACCUGCUGCAGAUCACAGCAUGCUCCUUCUACUGGGGUAAAAUGGACCGCUAUGAAGCGGAGCGCCUGUUGGAGGGGCGCUCCGAGGGCACCUUCUUGCUGCGCGACUCUGCCCAGGAGGAGUACCUCUUCUCCGUAAGCUUCCGUAAGUACGGCCGCUCCCUGCAUGCCCGCAUCGAGCAGUGGAACCACCACUUCAGCUUCGACUCGCACGAUCCAGGCGUGUUCUCGUCGAGCACCGUGUGCGGUCUCAUCGAGCACUACAAGGAUCCGUCGUGCUGCAUGUUCUUUGAGCCCAUGCUGACGCUGCCGCUACACCGCAACUUCCCCUUCCCUUUGCAGCACUUGUGCCGCGCCGUCGUCUGUAGUCGCACUGGCUACGACGGUAUCGGCCGGCUGCCCUUGCCCAAGGCCCUUAAGUCCUAUCUCAAGGAGUAUCACUACAAGCAGCGUGUGCGUGUGCGCAGAUUUGACCUAGAACAGUAACUACCCUCAAGGACUACCACUAGGAGCAGCACUGGAGGGUACUCAGGUUCAACCUUGAGCAGUCAUUAACCUUCCCUGCAUAUUAAAGUUAACAUCAUAACAUUUAUAAGAAAUGCUGUUUUUACCUUUUAAUAUUUACAAAAAUAUAUAUUGUAUAGUUGAGGUAAAGUAUAUUCUUAUUUCACCAAGUGGUGACAGGAGGGGGUAAGAAUUGAAAUUUCUAAGGUUGAACUUUGUUACAAUUUAUUGUAUUCUUAACAAUGGCAAGAUUGUGGACUCCCAGUUUGUGUUUGCACUUGUUGACAACUCUUUAAAGUUGUGUUGGCAAAUAAUCUUAUGAGUAUUAACUUGUUAAAUAAACUAAGCUGCAUAUGCAUGAAAUAGUUUAGCAUAUACUGUAAUAUAACAAUUGUUCUUUGUUAAGUGGUUAUGUCUAUGUAAAUACAUAAAUACAUCACAGUUUUCAAUAGUUGCAUGUAACAGAUGGGGAUAGUGGCUAACAUGAUAGAAAAUAAAAUUGAAUGGUUAUUUCUAAGCAAUUAUUAGUUUCUAAAAUAUUUUGAACCACACUGUGAAAAUGUUUGUCAUGAGAUGAACCCUAUAUUUGGUUCUUUUGAAAAGUAAGUGGUGUUGAAGAGCCAAACAUAGAUCUACAAGCUAAGUUUGCACAGCCAUACAGCAGUGAGCAAAGCAGAGAAACCUCUUGUUUAAAACAUUGUCAUUGUUUAUAACAGAUUUGUGACAUCAAGCCACUGGGAACGGUGAAGUCCGCAGCAUGUAAUCACAAUUGCACCUCAAAAAAGCCUGUUCUCAGUGGAUUUCAUCGCAUCUAAUAUUUUCAAGUGAAUACACAAAUUGAUUAGUGGCAUUAAUUUGUAUAGGUUCUUCAUUAUGCAUUAUUUUAUUUGGAGUGGAGACAACAUGCCUUUACUCAGCUCAACCAAUGCUGUAAAUUUUAUUUUUUUCCUGCGGAACAUUUCUUGACUGGGUUAUGAUUCUUUGUGUUUCAGCUGUCUCACAAGCACAUUAACAACAUUAUGUCUACCACCCAGCAAAUCUGUAAGCAGUGUGCCAUUGUAUACACCACAGCAUGUCUGCCAUCCAUAAUCAUUAUAUCUUUUUCGCUCCAUUGUUUUAAAA